AUGAGUGUUGUAGAUGCAGGAGAAACUGGAACGAUCAGGUUAUUUACCAAAACCUGCUGAAGCAAAGCUCUGAGACCUCUCGUCCACUUGUACCGUCCCGGGUGGAAAGGCUGGUCUGAGGGUAUGGGGUGGCACACAGGUUAGCAGCAAGGCCUCGGAGACGGGGCUGGGGAUUUCGCUGCUCUGUGCCCACGCCCGGCAGCCUAGGACUGUCCUCCUGGGCACCCAGCACCAUGGACCCGCCGGGGUACAACUGCUUUGUGGACAGAGACAAGAUGGACGCUGCCGUGCAGGACCUGGGCCCCAAGGAGCUGAGCUGCACCGAGCUGCAGGAGCUGAAGCAGCUGGCCCGCCAGGGCUACUGGGCCCGCAGCUACGCCCUGCGGGGCAAGGUGUACCAGCGCCUGAUCCGGGACAUCCCCUGCCGCGCCGUCACGCCGGAUGCCAGCGUGUACAGCGACAUUGUGGGCAAGAUCGUGGGCAAGCACAGCACCAGCAGCCUGCCCUUGCCCGAGUUCGUGGACAACACGCAGGUGCCCAGCUACUGCCUGAACACGCGCGGGGAGGGCGCCGUGCGCAAGAUCCUGCUCUGCAUCGCCAACCAGUUCCCGGACGUGUCCUUCUGCCCCGCCCUGCCUGCCGUCGUGGCCCUGCUGCUUCACUACAGCACGGACGAGGCCCAGUGCUUCGAGAACGCCUGCCGCAUCCUGGCCUGCAAUGACCCCGGCAGGAAGCUCGUGGAUCAGAGCUUCCUGGCCUUCGAGUCUUCCUGCAUGACCUUCGGCGACCUGGUGAACAAGUACUGCCAGGCGGCCCACAAGCUGAUGGUGGCCGUGUCCGAGGACGUCCUGCAGGUCUACGCAGACUGGCAGCGCUGGCUGUUCGGGGAGCUGCCCCUCGGCUACUUCGCCCGUGUCUUCGAUGUGUUCCUGGUGGAGGGGUACAAGGUGCUGUACCGCGUGGCGCUGGCCAUCCUCAAGUUCUUCCACAAGGUCAGAGCUGGGCAGCCGCUGGAGUCGGACAGCGUGAAGCAGGACAUCCGCACCUUCGUCAGGGAUAUUGCCAAGACCGUGUCUCCAGAGAAGCUGCUGGAGAAGGCAUUCGCGAUCCGCCUCUUCUCCCGGAAGGAGAUCCAGCUCCUGCAGAUGGCCAACGAGAAAGCCCUGAAGCAGAAGGGCAUCACCGUCAAGCAAAAGAGUGUUUCACUCUCUAAAAGGCAGUUUGUGCACCUGGCCGUGCACGCAGAGAACUUCCACUCAGAGAUUGUCAGCGUGAAGGAGAUGAGAGACAUCUGGUCGUGGGUCCCCGAGCGCUUCGCCCUCUGCCAGCCCCUCCUGCUCUUCUCGUCCCUACAGCACGGGUACAGCCUGACCAGGUUCUAUUUCCAGUGCGAAGGACACGAGCCCACCCUCCUGCUCAUCAAGACCACCCAAAAGGAGGUGUGUGGGGCUUACCUGUCCACGGACUGGAGUGAGAGAAACAAGUUUGGAGGCAAAGUGGGCUUCUUUGGGACCGGAGAGUGCUUCGUGUUUCGGCUGCAGCCUGAGGUCCAGCGCUACGAGUGGGUGGUCAUCAAACACCCGGAGCUGACCAAGCCGGUGCCCUUGGAGGCCCCCGCCGCCCCGUCCCUGCCAUGCCGCCCUGUUUCCUCUGACCCUGCUGACCGCCUCUCGCCCUUCCUGGCAGCACGUCACUUCAACCUGCCCUCCAAGACAGAGUCCAUGUUCAUGGCUGGGGGCAACGACUGCCUCAUCAUAGGUGGAGGGGGCGGCCAGGCGCUCUACAUCGAUGGCGACCUGAACCGGGGCCGCACCGGCCACUGUGACACUUUCAACAACCAGCCCCUCUGCUCUGAGAACUUCCUCAUCUCGGCUGUGGAGGCCUGGGGCUUCCAAGACCCUGACACCCAGUGACCGGCCUGCGCAGACGGUGACUGAGCCGUCACCGUGGGGUGGGGGUGAGGCAGGGGUCAGGCCCCCUCUUCAGAGGGAGGCAGUGAGGACCCCCCCCCCGUAUGGUGGGCAGCCUCGAGGAGCAGCUGGGGCCCUGGGGCUGGGUCGGCCAGAGGAUGCCCAGAGCUCAGCUGGCUGGGCCUGUCCCUGCUCAGAGCUGCUGCUGCCUCAAACUUGGGCUCAGGCCCCAGUUCUCUGUGGAGGCAUCCUGUGCCCGAGGCCUGGAGGGGCCACAUCUUGCACCCCCUGAGGCUUAGUCCCUUGGUGCGUGGCGGUGGGGGGGGGGCAAAAACGGGCAGGAGGAGCCUUCCACCAAGUGUGGGGCCAUGGCGCCCCCUGCGGGUGCUUCUGAGCAUAGCUCCCGACCAGAGUCCUGCGGCCACCAAGGGUCCUGCAGCCGGUGGCCUCCUGGCCAGCGGCUGGCGCGGGAAGCUCCCCAGAAGAGACAGGCACUCUGGGGACUGCUCCUAGGCUAUGUUCCCCUGCCCCUCCCACCUCAGGAGUGCCUGCCUGGGGCUUCUAACCCCAUGCUCUCCUCCCCAAGCUGGCCAGUGACUGCAAGGGGACAGUGACUGCAAGGGGACAGUGACUGCAAGGGGCUGUCACUGUGGACAGUGACUGCAAGGGGAAAGGGGAAGGCAGGAUGUGUGCUGAGCUCUGGGCCCCUCCUGAGGGAGGGCCGAGCACCAGUCUGAUGAAGGGCUGGAGGGGACAUCAGGGGUUCUUGCACUGCAGAGCCUGGGGCUUCUGCUGGGCCUCGCUGUGGGUCCAUGCCCGAAGAGGCCACCCCGGAUGGCCCAGGGAGGGGCCCUCCCUCUGCAGCUGACCCCACACCAGCCAGCUCCAUGUCCUGGAGAAGUGCGGGCCCAUGAGGGCUUCUUCAGCCCUCCUCCUGUCAGGGGCUGCCUCUGCUCCCCACCAGUCUCGGCAGCAGCCCCAGGAUCCUGUCCAGACUCCUCAGCAUGGCAUGCUCGUCUUUGUCCGUCCCCACAUGCCCCGGGUUGCUAGGGCUGCCCCCUCCUCCGGUCCCUCCCAUGCAGCUCCUUCACAUGGGCCUGUGCAUCCCUCUCACAGCCCUGUGGUGGGCAACAUAGCAUGGUUUUCUUGUGCUGCCGCCUCUGCCCCUUUCCCUGCCUGGCCUGGCCCAACACAGGCCCUGCAGACUGUAGGUGCCAGUGAAGACUUGUCGGGGAGUGGUCUCCUGCCUCGUGACCUCCCUCAGCUGGUCCUGAGGGCCUGGGCACCCGGGGGAUGGGGAGGGGAAGCUGACAGACACCCGAGCAGCCACGUGGGGCUGUGGGAGCCUGGGCCACAGGUGCCAGGGGUCUCGCCCCCAGCCUGGUCCCCACAUGGCUGCAGCCAGCCCCUCGGUGUCCCCGUGCGCCAUGCCUCUCCUGUCUCCAUCUCACUUGUUCCUCCUGUGGGGCAUUGGCCCUCCCCUGCCCGCCUACUCCAGUCUCCUCUGAGCCGGGCCACUGUGGUGCGAGAGGAAGGACCGGGAGCCCUGUGUGGCAUUGGGCCAGCCACGAAUCUGCCUGGAACUCUUUCUCCAACUGUAAAAUGGAGCCAGUCAUCCUGCUCUGCUGUCCUUGUGGGACUCUUGAGAGGCUCUGAGGGGGACAGUGUGAGUCCCUAGUGAGAGGAGAGGUGCCGGGAGGCAGUGUCACUGCCCCCCCCACUGCCGUCCUUGUCCCCCGCCCCGUGUCCCCACCACCCUCUGUUGUAGCGCCAGCUUUGGUGUUCAUUAAACACGGUCUCGUUAUAUGAACUCUGAGGGUCCAAGUCUGGUCUCUUCAAGCAGAGGGGCCUCCAGGGGCUCCCCUGGGCGUGCCACCGAACGGGGCGGGCGCCAGAAGCUGCGCCUUCGUGAUGCUGGUCGGUGCAUCAUCAGUGGAAAGCUGACCCUUUGCAAGUGGUAUUCCAGCGCUGUUUACACGGCUCCCUCUUGAAGGAGGCUGGGGGAUUCGUUGUCUGGUGAGUGAGUCCAGAGGAGUCUCUGUGGCUGCCCUCAGGACCCUGCCUGGCCUUCCCGGGUCCAGCCCAGGAGGGCAAGCGCUGCUUAGCUGCCGUGUCUGUGUCUAAUGUGAGGUCUCUGUGUGCACAUGCAUGGUACUCCGUUCCCUCGGCUGGCACGUCUUCUUCCCAGCUGUCCUGAUGAACAAAAAGACUUACAGGAGAGAUGCAGAGAUGCUACAGAAUUUCCAGAGACCCCGCCCAGCUGCUUCAGCACAGCCACGGGGCGUAUAUGCAAGCACAGGUGAAUGUCAGUAUAUCAUGCUAUCAACGACAGAUUUAAUCCAAUUCCUUCCGUUUUCCCACAGUCCUUCCUCUGUCCCAGGGGUAGAUUUAAUUUUUACAGAUAUUUACAUUUUUAUUAAAUCCAGAAUGUCCUCAAAAUUCACAAGACUAACACUGAUCAAAAAACACACACAAAUUGCCACUAAUUUGCACUCUGAGGUCUCAGGAAUGGAGGCCCGUCUGGACUGUGCCGGUCGUCUGCCCCCGAUGUCUCAUUUGCACGUGGAAGUUACCAGCUGAAGCAGGAGUACAGAGGAUGCCUCACACACGCUUCACCACAUCGAAGUUAGAAGAAGUGCGUGGGUCUUUAAAAAUAAUCUGGUAUAACACGAAAUUAUGAUCUGGAGGACUUAAGAUGGCAGAGGAGCAGGGGACCCUAAGCUUGUCUUGCCCCUGGAGCAUAGCUCGUGACCCAACCAUUGUGAACACCCAAGCAAUCAGUCAGGUCUGAGAGAGCAAAACUGCACGUCUACAAGUAGGAAAGCAACCACCUUUGGGAAGAAACCAAUAUUGUGAUGUAUGUUGAGUGACUAAAAUUUGAAUUAAAAAUUAUGGUCUUCAUUAUAUUGGUGUCAGGUUGUGGUCAAGAAGUGAGGAACAGUGUCCCGUGACUCAUCGCUGCAGAUGAAAUGCCUCACACAUUGGCAGACACGUUCGCUUGACCCGACCGCAUGGAAUUUGUUAACUCUGUGCUUGGGACCAACGAAGCAAAAUCACUGGACACGCUGGGGUGCAGACACACCAACUGUUAGAGACCUUCUCCUUCAGAUUGCCGAAUCCGCAGGUGUAUUCCCUAGCUGGCCAGCUGGCUCCACCCGUGAGAGGCGCCCCUGAGCGAGGGUGCCGGCGACGACAUGGAGGGUCUGGGAGCGGACCCUUCCUCCGUGUCCUACUGACGUGCACUGCCCAGCAAAGGACACUGCCAAAGGCUAGCGAGCUAAUGAUUAAGGAGGAGAAAGGGCCGUGUGAAUCACUUUACCUUUCCAUGGAUGAAGAAUCGCGAGACCCAGUGAAAGCAGACUGGGGUGUAGUGACUGGGUGUGUGGCUUGGCAGCUAAAUCUAAGUUGGGAAAAGUGAAAGUAAAUGAUUUAGUAACAUGGUUGCUCAGUUGUCACUUGAGUCCUAAAUAAAACUAACGCAAACUAGCGGAACCUCA